GCUGAGCGGCGCAUCUCUCUCGCCCGCAGCCACAGCGGCAGGAGCGGCAGCAGGAGCAGGGCGGCCCGCGGCGGGACAGCAGCAAGACGACGACGGGCAUGGGGACGGCGCUGGCGGCGCGGCUCGGCCUGGGGCUCUUGCUCCUGGCCCUCCUCCUACCCAGGCAGAUCUACUGCGAUCCCAAUGGAACAAGUCCAACACCUUCAAACAAUUCUUCAGCAAGUUCCACUUCUCUGUCAGCUGUCACAAAUUCAGUGAACAAUACGACCCCUCAGGGACAUGGAAAUUCCCUUCACUCAACCACAAGUCUUCUUUUCAUUCUCUCAGUUUCUCUUCUGUAUUUUUGCUGUUAAGAGACUCUGGCAUGGAAAUGGCUACCACUCCCCACCCAGUUUCCUGAACCAUCUGAGAUGGCUAGAUCUCUGACCCAGCAUGAAAAUAAAUCAGUCCAAACUCUGCAUCAAACCAGCUUGGUUCCACUCCAUACUCAAAUUAGUACCAGUCUGACCUAGAGAAGCACUCAGUAUUCUGACUUUCCAAAGCUGACCAGUGUGAAAAGACCGACUUCAGCAAGGAGGUAAAACGAUGAGCUCUUUCACGAAAUGAGUUGGAAUUUGAAAAACAAGAUGGAAGCAAAAAGAGACAGUUUUGACAACCUCUGAUUUAAAGCUGAGAAGAAAUGCAGUGUCUUAUAAUCAGGAUGGAUAAUAACACUCCACCAAGAAAAAAGGCUAGAGGGUUUACCUACUGUUUAGAAUAAGGACUUGAAGAGAUUUUAUUUUCCAUUUAAAUUCAUUAGAGUCAACAGGCUCACAGAACCACUAGAAAGCAUAGAAAAGCUCAAAUGGUUCUGUUUCUUGCACAACCUAUAUGGUUAUAACCUAUGGGUAGUAGGAUGUAUGCAAAAGAAACAAAACAUCAGUGAAAAGGGUUUCUUCUAGAUUUAAUUUGUAUGAAAUUGUUACAAGGCUAAAAUAGAAUACCAAAUUUUUGUAAGAAUCCUCUUAUUUAACUUCUGAGUCCUAACCAAAUGGCUAGCCAGGCAGGGCUAGUUUUGAGAUAGCUAAACCCCACCAGUUUUCAUAAGAGUUGAAUUAUUUAUGGUGGGAAUUUGACAUUUUAUUUAAAUUGUUUGUAUAUUAAACCAUAUGUGCCAGAGGAAGGAGGUGUGGAAACAUUGGGAAAAGUACCAGGAGCUUUUUGUAAAUGAAUUUCAGACAAAACCCCCAAAAAAGUCAAGGGAUAAAUGUCUCCUCUUCCCCUAUUUCUCCUCCCAAGUUCUAAAAGUUGUACAAGUUCUUUUUGCUCCUGGAACUUUCCUUAAUUAUGAAGGAUUUAUGGAAUCUUUUGAGUAAUAUUCUAGUGCUGCCUUUUUUUUUUUUUUUUUUUUGGCACAAGGUGAAUAACUUACUGUUUGGUUUUUUUUUUUUUUUUUGAAGAGUUUUAAUUGUGAUAGUUUACUUUAAACAUGGGCUAAUAUUUGCGGUGGGAAGAAGGAAUGGGGAGAGGAGAGAAAAAAGCCAAAAAUAAGAAAUUAAAUGAUCAGGUGUUUGGAAUAUGAAGACUGGAGUCUUAAUCUAAUCACUGAACUUAAAGGUUACCUUUGUAAAUACUACUUUUUUAAAAAUUUUCUGAAUCAAAAUUGCUACACUUGCACAGAUUGUUUCUGUAUCAUCCAACACUUUAGAUAAUAGUAUCAAAGCAAGCUUUGUUGAGGAGGUUCAGCUACCUUGAUGAUAAUACCUUGUCAGAAAAAAAUAAUGUUGAUAUGAUCGCAUGUGAGUAUACAUGUCAAACAUGAGUGGCUCUCUAAUUUUUUUUUUAAUACACAUCUGUCUUUCAGUUACAUUACCACCAAUCCAGAGUAUCAUAUAUUAAUAGCAAACUAACACAAAUUCAUGUCAGUGAGUGUACAUGGACAUUUCCUUAUGCUUAUCAUUUGUAUCCAGUAAAAUGUUAAUGACUGUAUUUUUGUGUUUGUGUAAUUAUGCUUUGAUUUAUUAGCUACUGAUUUUCAUUUGGAAAAAACUGUAAAUAAAACAGUGGACAGGCAAUGCAUUCUAGAUGCACUUCCAGACACUUCUACAAAAACUUGUAACUUGCCUGCAUAAAGUGAAUGAACUGUUAAGCAAGACAGUAUAUGUGAUUAAAAACCUCAAGGUCUAGAAA